UUAUUUCCGUUUGAGCUUUUAUUUUGUCAGAGUGAUAUCCGUUGUUGCGGGGGCUUGAUGGAGCUGCUGCUGUGAUGAAGGACCGACUCGGUGAACUCGCUGCUACCAGAAGACCAGCGGAAGAUGAUGUCACGGUGGACGCGGACGUUUUUAUGGAGAGUUUUUUCAGAAAGGUGGAAGAAGUCAGAGGGCUCAUCGAUAAAAUCUCCUGCCAGGUGGAAGAGGUGAGGAAGAUCCACAGCCUGAUCCUGUCUGCACCCAUCCCAGACGACAGGACAAAGGAGAAGCUGAAUGCAUUGACGAACCACAUCAAAGGGAAUGCCAACGUUGUUCGAGCUAAAACUCAAAUGUGAGUGCACAUUUCCUCCAUGGAGCAAAACCUGCCCAAAGAUGACAUGGCUCAUUGGUCCUCUGUGGACGUCCGGAUCCAGAAAUCACAGCACACGGUGCUGUCCAGAAAGUUUGUAGGUGUCAUGACCCAGUACAACGAGACUCAAGUGGCUUUUCGGGAAAGAAGCAAAUGCAGGAUCCAGAGACAACUGGAGAUAACUGGAAGGCAGAAUUCACAUUGUGGAUCAGCUGCAGCUGGU